AUGUCAACCGGUUUCGCGUCCACCACUGCGUCCAGGGCGAAUGUGGAUGGGGAAAUGGCAAGGUUUACCGCCAUUGCGUGUCCGCUUCAACAAAAUGGGCGAUCAGGUCGUGAUCCAUUAACUUCGAUAGAAACCGGUCGACUCGCAGCAGUCGUGCCUUUCGCCAGGCGAUGGUUUCUCCAACACGAUAUUUCAGAUCGUCGCCACCUUUGCCAUCCAAAACAAGUUAGCAUGCUGUUGCCAAAGUGCAGCGGUUCUGUUCCACGGCUGAAGAGUCAAGCUUUUCAAGAUAUUGCUGUAUAA